AUGACACAGAAGCAGGAGCGGAAGAUGCGCAUUGGGAAAGUGAUGAGCGUCACAAAUAUCUCAGACGCUGGUGAUCAACAGCAAUUGCAUGAAGAACGCACUCUUCGUCACCCAGAAGACUCAUUCGACGAGGACCUAGCGCAGUCGUUAGCCUCGUUGCCACCUUUAGGCGACAGGUAUGAGCUACAACAGGAGAUCAUGGAUGCACGCCAGAGUACACGAGACAACGAGGGCCAGGUCGAGACAUUCGUUUCCAAGGCCAAAUUGCGUCAUGUGAUAACGGUCGACGCGGUGACGCGAGAGUUAACAAGAACUGCAGCGCAAUUCCACCCGCGACUUUCACCCGAGCAAAUCAAGUCCUACGCAAGGACAGUUUGCGAAGAAACGGAGGAUCAAAGACACAAUCGAACGACCAAGAUCACGACGUUCCGUAAGAUAUUUGCACUCCUGGUGCUAAUCGAAGCUGUCCCUUCUAUCGUGCACUUCGUGACAGAGGAAGUCACUGAUCAAGAUCUACCCCUCGGAAAACACGAACGAACCAGCGAGCUGUAUCGCAAAGGCGGUGAAAUCUGUGUUCCUCGUGGUUGCUUCCAAGGGUGGUCGCCAUUAAAGCUUGAGAAUUUUCAACGCUAUCAAUGGUGGCUACUUGCGACAUACUUCUCGCCACCCGAUGAUGACGGUGUAGUGAAAAACUACAAACUUCAAGACCAGCAUAUUCUCCCUUUUCUCCCCCCAGAAAAUACACUCGGUCAGUCCGUUGACAAGACUGGUGGUUAUGGCAAGGUAAUCAUGGUGAACAUACCCUCCGAUCACCACAAUUUCCGUGAUAAGCGGCUCUGCGAACGCGGAUUCGCCAUCAAACAGCAAAUUAACGAUGAGAAUCGCGACGCUUAUAAAAGAGAGAUAGACAUACUGAUGAAAUUCAGUGGCGGGCGAAGUCAUCCACACAUAGUGUCCUUGCUUGCAACGUACGAACAGUUCAACAAGUUUAAUCUGGUUUUCUAUCGCGCAGAAGGCGAUCUGUUCGACUACUGGAAGAAGCUCAAACCACAUCCGACUCUCCAACACAGCAAUGUCAAGUGGUUCGCCAAGCAGUGCAGCGGGCUUGCCGAGGGCCUGUCGAAACUCCACAAGCUACUUUCGUUCACCAAACUUCAGCCCAAGGUCGAGGAGGAGCAAGCGAAGGACUCACAUGAUCUCACUGGAAACAUUAUCACUCGAUCGGAGAAGAGUGUUCGAUUUGCGCCGUUGAGUGAUCGUGUCGACACAGGCUCUUCGGUACUUUCAAACGGUGUGAAAGAGCGUCCAACGAGUCCGCUCAAAUCAUUCGCUGACUUUGGCGAAUGCGGCCUACCGCCGCGCGGCCAUCAGACUCAUGAUUCUGGAAAUGCACAAAAGAAGGUAUACGGUCGACACGGAGACAUCAAUCCCAGCAACAUCCUCUGGUAUGACGAUGGCGAUGACGACGAUGGAGAUGACGAUGAAGAUGACGAACGAAGUUUGCGCGGAACCCUCAAGAUCACGGACUUUGGACAGGCAGAAAUUCACUCGCUGGAAAGCAAGACCAAUCGUCGUGAAGUGCCUAACACACUCACAUACCGACCCCCCGAGUGCGACGUGCGUCCAUCGAUAAUUCGACAGUCCUAUGAUAUCUGGUGUUUGGGUUGCGUUUACCUUGAGUUUGCGACCUGGUUGAUAGGGGGUCGUGAGCUCGUGAGGAGAUUCAAGAAGUCAAGGAAGAUGACUGACUACUUCGAUCGACUCACAACUAUUGACACCUUUUACGAAGUCGAUAAGAACCCCGAAGCCGCUGGGAUACGGGCCAAGGUCAACCCGAGAGUCACUUCUGUACGUUACACUCUUCGACGACAUCUCGCGCUGCUAACAAGAUGCGAUAGUUCAUCGAUGAGCUACAUCGACACCAGAAUUGCACCCUUUACCUGCACGACGUACUGA